AUGUUCAAGAAACUCAAGGAAAAGGUCAACAGCUCGAAGAAUGACGCUCCCGGAGGCGGCGGCGGCGGCAUUCAAGGCAUGUCGUUCCGCGGCGGUCCCCCCUCCAAGCCUGGUUCAGCCCCCUCAGGACCCAGACCCACUUGGACGACAUCGAUGGACCCCGACAGCCCAGGCGCAAACCCCCAGUCCCUCUCGCCAGCUCGCGACGGUAUCGCAUUCAUCGAUGCACGCGUCGCUCUCGUUUCAUCAAAGGAGCUAGGUUACCUACUCGCCGCAAUGGCAAAGCUCCGCCUCAGGCCCGUCCUCGUACCUUCCCUCGCAAAGAUUGUCGGGCAGGUGUGCAAGGAAAAGGGUGGAACCGGCAUGCAAAAGGAGAGGAUGAUCAUUGAGAACCUGUUCACGAGCGCACUGAGCGCCGCAAAGGUCCCAGACGAUCUCAUUGCCGGGCUCAACCCCGUACUCGACAUCCACUGGGUCAGCGAGAAGAAGUACGCACUCGAGGACGUUGUCGAGGAGAACGUGUGGCUCGCACUCGUCGAGGGUGUCGAGGACAAUGGCGAGAACCGCCCGGCAAUGGCGGCGAGUGGAGUCAAACAGACGAGCCAGGCCUUGAAGCAAAGCUCUGACCGGCUGACUAUUAGCGGCGAGAUUGUCACUGUCAGUCGCAAUACACUCGGCCCGCACAUUUUCUUUGCAGGUGACGAGAUUCUCGAGUCUGCCGCGGUCAAGGAGGCCGGUGGACCCAAUUUAACGGGCAUCGCGUUCAAGAACAUUGACAGGGGCGGUCUGGGGUUCAAGGGGCAAGCCGCCGCCGACGAGUUCGUCCAACGCAUCUAUGAGCGGGCCAAGGCCGAUGCGGCUGCGGCUGCCACACCGUCUCUCGCCAUAGAUAUCAACGGCGCGACUCCGACCAGCGGCAAUGGAAACGGCAACGGCAACGGCACCGGCAACGGCACCGGCACCGGCACACCUGCCAGCGCCGGGCCGGGCAUGUCGCCAACGCAGAGCCUGUGGCUGCGAAAUGCCGACAUCUCAGACCUCGUAGUCGACGUCGACCCCAAAGCCAAGUCACCCUGA